AUGCAUUCCGUCAGCAUCAUCUCUCUCCUCGCCGCCGUGCCCGCGGCCAUGGCCUGCCUGGGCUACGAGGGCGGUGUUCCCACUGCUACUGGUGAGAAGACUCUCUCCGAGCCUCAGUACAUCGGUGCUGGUGAGACUUUCGACGCUGGUUGGGUCAAGUACGACCGUGGUGAGGCCUGCAGCGGCCAGAGCGAAGGAGGCGAGGCCGAUACCGUCUUCGUCCUUGAGGACGGCGCUACCCUGAAGAACGUCAUCAUCGGUGCCGACCAGAAGGAGGGUGUCUACUGCUUGGGCAGCUGCAACCUGGAGUUCGUUUGGUUCGAGAAGGUCUGCGAGGACGCCAUCUCCAUCAAGGGAUCUGGCACUGCCAACAUCAUUGGUGGCGGUGCUUACGGCGCCGAUGACAAGGUCAUCCAGCACAACGGCUGUGGCCAUGUCAACGUCAUCAACUUCUACGCCAACGACUACGGCAAGGUUUACCGAUCUUGCGGUAACUGCAAGGGAAACUGCGCCCGUACCGUCCACAUGGAGGGUGUCACUGCCAUCGACGGUGGUGAGCUUAUGGGUAUCAACACCAACAUGGGUGACAAGGCUACCUAUGACAACAACUGCUACCCCAAGGUCCAGUGCCAGGCUUACGACGGUUGCGACAAGUCUAACGGUGACUGUGAGCCCGUCAAGAAGGGCGAAUGCUAA